AUGUAAUUCUAUUUUUUGUGGUUUACCGAGUUAGUUGUUCUUGAUGUGAUCCUGGGUCCAAAUGCUUAUCAUCAGUUUAUAUACAAUUGCUUCAAAAAGCAAAUUACUUAUGGGUCAAGUAUGUUAUAAUUAUAAUUUAAGAAUAGAAGAGGCUUAUAAAUUCCUAAAGGUAUCUCCAUAAUUGUCUGUUGUUGAUAAUUAGGUUUUAAGUGUAUGAGCCCAUAUAUUCAAGAAAAUCGGGUAUAUUGAAAUUUUGUUUUGUAGAUAUCAUUAUAAAACUGAUGCAGAGUUUUUAAGGUGUAUAAAAUGUAUUAUCUUAAUAUGAUGGAAGAUGA